CAAUAAAUCAACCCUGCAGCUAUAAAAACCUGCAGAGCUUUGAGUUAGCACUGAGAAAUCCGCUGCUAAACCUCCCCGUUUGGGUUUUUGUUAGAUUGCCAGUCGACAUUUCGAAAAUGUAUCUCCUUGAAAAUUAUAUUUGUGAAUAACACGAUAAAGUUGUUAUCGCUACGUCGUUUUUAACCUGAAAACAGACUGGCAGCUAUCGAUUUCCAGUGUUAAUACGUCCGUAGCUAGCAGGGUCUACCCGACUGUCGUUCCAGGUUUAAACUCUGCAGUGGUUGAGUUGCCAGUUUGUCGGGAACUCUGCUGUCGUUCAGGUGAUCUCUGCACCUGCUCACUCUUCCCCUGCAGCUGCUGCUCCAGUUACUCCUCAGCAGUGUCAGACUCGGAGAAGGAGCAGCAGGUCGUGUCGCCUGUCCACAUCAUGUCCAGACGCAGCCUGCGGCUCGACGACGGCCUGCUGGACCGCGGUCUGCCACACGGCAGCACCUCCCUCAGCGUUGGAGGAGCCAGCUGGAGGAGCACCAGGUCACUGAAGUCUCGUCGUUCUCAGCAGCUCUCCGUGUCCUGCUCAGAGUCUCUCCUCCUCAGUACUCCUCGUAAGCUGCCUGCGCAGCCUCUCCUGAACAGCAGCCUCCACAGCGAGGCCUCCGACGCCUCCCUGCUCUCCUCCCUGCUGGACGACUCCUCCGUCCAGGAGACCACGCUGGUUGACACCCUCUGGGGUUUGGACCAUGACGUCGAUCCCAAAGAGAGCACCAUCGUAGCGGAGCAGAGCACCGUCUUGGCAGACCGCACUCUGAUUGGUUCAGACCUGCGCUGUGCCAAACACCCGGUCCAGACGCUCAGCAGGGUUUACUGCAGAGACUGUGAGCUGCACUCUGACAGGAAGGAGUCCACAUACCGCCCCUCCUCCUCGUCCACCACCACCACCUGUGUGACAGGACGGGAACCCACGGAGCCCAGAGAGCCAGAAAUUUCCACCAUCUACUGCAGAGACCGGAGCCGCAAGACCCGCACAGCAGGUGUGUUGGCGUCCGUGUGGAACAGGUCAGCAGCCUGCGUGGUUUCCCUGCUCACUCUGCUUUAUCACCAGCUGACACAGCAGAAACAGUGCGAUGUAACAGAUGUGCUGCAGCUGUGGCUGGACUCCUGUGCGUUGUGUGUCAGGAGAGCUACAGCCUGCUGUGUGUCUGUGCUGACACACACCUGGCAGGUGUGUCAGGGGCGGGCCUCACAGCUCCCACAGGUCAUCGGAGCUCGAGCCGGUCGCAGUGGAGUCAUGAACCUGAGGGAGUCCACCACGAACCAGAGGGAGCCUCAUCCCGACAGAUCUCUGUGUGAGGACUGUAAGGAGGUACGACACUCGGAGACGGACCCUGUGGCUUCAUCGUCACCUUCGUGGUCCUCAGCUGCUUCCUGUUUGCUGGGGCUGAUGUGGAGUGCUGCUGCUUUUACAGCUUGGUGUCUGAGUGCAGCUUCAGCCGUUUGGCCUCUGACCCGGAAAGCGUGUUCAGCUUGUGGGCGAGCCGGCCGCUCUGCAGGUAAGACGGCAGGUGACGUUUUCAGGUGGCUCAGCAUGCGAUGCCAUCACAUGACCACCAGCGCCCUCUUGACUCGGUUUCCUCCCAGACUCCUCCUGGUUCUCCUCCCUCUGCUGCUCCUCUUCAGUCUGUGCUGCUUCAGUUCAGCUGGUCUUCACGCUGUCUUUCCAGCUGUCAGCGUCACAGAGUGGAGGACGGUGGUCUCUGUCGUCCCUGGUUUGUCCUCCAUCUACGGGUUCAUGUCCUCCCAGAGCCAAACAGCAGAGGGCUCUGUGGAGGAGUCGAAGGAGGUGCAGCCAUACGAGGAGGCGCCCUACGGUCCACCUCCAGAGGCUAAAACCGUAGGAGAGGAGGAAGCGGUGGCAGCAGACGAGUCCAAGCGGCUCGUUCAUCUGGAGCGGAGUCUGACGGUGCUGUGGGAGCGGGUGGAGGCCGGAGGGCGGCAGGCGGAGCAGAGACACAGGGAGGUGCUGCAGCUGUACACUGACCUCCAGCAGCUGGUCUCUGGUCAGAAUGAUGCUGAGGAAUCCUGGCAGAGUGGCCUGCUGGAGCAGCAGCUGGAGCAGCAGCUGGAGCAGCUCAGGACUCGACUGGACGAGGACAGACGGCAGAGGGAACAGCAGGACUCGUCACAGCAGCAGACUCAGUUGUCUCGUCUGGAACAUCUGGAGCUGCAGCUGCAGAUUCUGGCUGCCAAAACGGAGGAGGUGCAGCGGAGACAAGAAGCUGCUGCAGCAGCCUCGCCUUCGUCAGCUACGACCCUGCCGGCUGCCGUCAGUGCUGUUGUGGAUCGUCACUCCCACGACGCCUUGCUGACGGAGGUUGCGCGGUUGGAGGUGGAUCUGCAGGACGUCAGGCGGGAUGUUGAGGGUCUGUCUGGGUGUGGAGACGGCUGCCGACAACUUGACAGGAUUCAGCAGAUGAUUUCUGAGCAGGUUUCAGCUCAGGUGCAUGAGGAGGUCCGGACCCUGGUCUACAACGCCGGCGGACUCCCUGAGUCGCUGCUCCAGUGGCUGUCGCAGCGGUACGUCAGUGGGGCCGAGCUGCAGGCGUCGCUGGCCUCUCUGGAGCUCAGCAUCCUGCAGAACAUCAGCCUACAGCUGGAACGGCGCCGCAGCGAGGAGACGGUCAGAGAGGCCGUCCUGCACGCCGCCAGGUCUGCUGGGGCCGUCGUGACGCAGGAGGACGUCCAGGCGAUCGUGUCAAACGCUCUGCGUCUGUUCUCUCAGGACAGAACCGGCCUGGCGGACUACGCUCUGGAGUCCGGAGGGGGCAGCAUCCUGAGCACUCGCUGCUCGGAGACGUACGAGACGAAGGCCGCUCUGCUCAGCCUGUUCGGAGUUCCCCUCUGGUAUUUCUCUCAGUCUCCUCGAGCUGUGAUCCAGCCGGACGUCCACCCCGGAAACUGCUGGGCCUUCAGAGGCUCCAAGGGCUUCCUGGUGAUCCGCCUGUCCAUGAGGAUCCUCCCCACCUCCUUCUCCCUGGAGCACAUCCCAAAAGCGCUGGCUCCGAGCGGGACGCUGCGCAGCGCCCCCCGACACUUCAGCGUCUACGGUCUGGAUGACGAGAGUCAGGAGAGAGGAAGGCUGCUGGGAUCGUACGCCUACGAGGAGGAUGGAGAAGCUCUACAGACCUUCCCUGUCACCGAGGAGAGCGACCGGACCUUCCAGAUCAUCGAGGUUCAGGUGUUGUCCAACUGGGGCCACCUGGAGUACACCUGCAUGUACCGCUUCAGGGUCCACGGGACGCCCAGGGACUCGUGAGGACGCUGCAGAGCAACGCGUCUGUUCAGGCUCUGCUGAUAAACUGCUGCCGACUGCCUGACUUUAAUGCUUUUUAACCGCCGAACGCUGACAUCUGACGUCAGUCUGGGGUUUUGGAGUGAAACUCCCUCAGCACUUUCAUUUCCUGUGGAAAUAUCACACCCUCGCAGCUCUGAUGUCAUGUAUGAUUUUACUGUCAAUAGUUCAUAUUUUAUAUCAGUGUUGUUUUGUAUUUACUGCAUUUCAGCGUGGUAAUAAAAUUCUAUUAAUAAAAUUAAAAUUUUCAAGUCGACUUAA